UACUAUUCAAAUAAAUGGAACCAAUAAACAAGUAAAAAAAAGAAUUAGUAAUGAUACGUUAUAAGUAGUAUGUUACAAAAUUUUCCAAAAAUUUUUUAGGAUCCAUUUCUUCUUUAUGAAGAUGUAUUAAUCAUAUAUUACUACUAUUAUUCGAUCUAAUAAUGAAUCUUAUUUGUUUAACAUAUAAACAAAUCACUUUCUAUACAAUCUACUUCUUAUAUUGGAUUCUAUAUUCAUUAUCUAUUUGUAAAUGUUUUACAUAUUUUAAUCAUUUACCAGAAAUUAAAGUUUAUGAAAAUAUAACCAUAGGUACAGUGAUUCUAUUUGAUAUACGUAAAUUAAUUGGUAUAUCUAAAUCAACUUAUAUUAAAUUAAGUCCAAGUUCAUUAACUCAAUUCUUUCGUUUAGAUAAUAUUACUGGUAAUUUAUAUAGUAUAUCAUCAAUUGAUUUAGAAACAAGUAAUUUAUGUAAUACAGAAAGAUCAUGUUGUCCUAAUCAUCAAUAUGAACAAGUAACUAAUCAGUUGGAUACUACUACUAGUGAUAAUAAUAAUAAUCAAUAUUCUAUCAAUCAAUUAAAUUAUCAUUCAGAAGAUUUAUCUAAUAAUUUAAAUCAAUGUAAAUUAACAACUUUUAUAUUAGCUUCAGCAGAUAAUGAAAUACAAAUCUCCCCAAUUGCUAAAUUACAUGUACACAUUAUUGAUUUAAAUGAUAAUCCUCCACAGUUCAAUAUGUUUUCAGAUUAUCAAACUAAUUAUCGUUCGAAAUCAAUACAUUUAUCAUUUUUAGAAGGUUCAUUAGGUGUUCAUACAAAACAUGAUUUACCAAGAGCAUUUGAUGCAGAUUUUUCACUCAUAAAUCGUGUAAAAAAUUAUUGGAUUGAAUGGGAUGAUAUAAAUCAUGCAGUAACUAACAAUAUACAUCAAUCUUCAAUGAAUACAUUAUCAAAAUCAUCAUCAUCAUCAUCUAUGUCUACAAUAACCUAUACAAAUGAUCAAAUAUGGUCUAAACUUGGACCAUUUCGAUUAAUCUAUACAAAAUCUAUAGAAAAUUUAAUUAUUCAACUUGAUCAAGAAUUAGAUCGUGAAGAACAAUCCAUUUAUAAAUUACGUUUAAUUGCUCAAGAUGGUGGAGAUUUACGUGGAUCAAUUCAAUUAAUUAUUGAAGUAGAUGAUGUAAAUGAAUUUCCACCAAUCUUUAUUGAUUCAGAUUAUGAUAAUAAUCAAAUGAAAGAUUCACGUUUAUUAUCAUCAUAUACUACUCAAGAAAUUUAUAAAAAACAAUAUAAAGUAAAAGAAUCUUUAGAUAUAGGUAGUCGUAUUGGACAAUUAAAAGCUAUAGAUUAUGACUUAUCAAUGUCUAAUGAAACAACUGAUCAAAUUACUUAUCAUUUUAGUUCAAAUCAAAUGAAUUGGGAUGUAACCCAUAUUUUUCAUUUAGAUUCACAAACUGGUAUUUUAACAUUAAAACAUUCAUUAGAUUAUGAAAGUGUUAAAAAUUAUCGUUUAACUAUUAUAGCACAAGAUGGUCCAGUAAGAGAGAAACAGAAAGACCCUUCCAAAUCAUUUCUUCCAAUUACAUCAACAAUGAAGAAAUCAUCACAGAUUAUAUAUUCAUCUACAGCACUCAUUGAUAUUAUAGUUCUUGAUGUUAAUGAUAAUCCACCAAUGAUAUUCUUUGAUAAUGAUCAGAUUAUAGAGAAUAAACAGAAGAUAAUUACAAGUUCAAGCAAAGGGCUAGUUAUACCUAGUCAAUCCUAUGAAAUAUGGAUUAAAGAAAAUAUACCUAAACAUACUCCAAUUAUCUUUUUCAAUGUAAUUGAUCGUGAUACCGGUCAAAAUAGUCGUAUAUCAUGUCAAUUAUUAAAUUCAACAGACAUAUUUACUAUACAUGAAUUAUCAGAUUUAUAUAGAAUUGAAACGCAAAGUUUAUUAGAUCGUGAAUAUAUUGAUCAAUAUACUAUUAUUAUACAAUGUAAUGAUAUGGGUGAACCAAUGUUAUAUAAUACAAAAUCUUUAAUUAUUCAUUUGCUCGAUGUAAACGAUUCACCCCCUAGUUUCCCACUAAAUAUGUAUCAUUUUCAUGUACUUGAAAAUAGUUCUCCUGGUACACCAGUUCAACCAAUUAAUACUACUUAUCCAACAACUAUUCUAGCUACAGAUCCUGAUCUAAAUAAUACUCUGAUUUAUCGAUUAGAACCAAUUGAAAUAAACAUGUUAAAAAAUCAAUCAAAUCAUAAAGAGAAUUACGUAAUACAAUCAUUAGAUUAUCAAUUAUUUUCAAUUGAUCCUAAUAAUGGUCAAAUAUUUACUCAAGGUGAUCUAGAUCGUGAAAAAAAAUCAACAUUAGAAUUCUGUGUAUGUGUUGAUGAUAGUUUACAUUUAACUUGUAUAAAAGUUUUAAUUGAUUUAGAUGAUAUUAAUGAUAAUCCACCACAAUUUCAACAUGAUACUUAUAUUAUACAUUUAGAUGAAAAUAAACAAUAUUAUAAACCAAUUAUUAUAUUUAUUGUAACUGAUUUAGAUUUAAAUAAUAAAGGUUUUAAAUUUAAUAUUUUGUUCGAUUCAAAUAAACCGCUACAAAUUUCAACACAACAAAAUGAUUCAUUAAAACAAUUCAAUCAUUCAAAAUUUCAAAAAUCAAUAAAUUUAAAUGAGUAUAGCAACCAAAAUUUGAUUACAAAAUAUUUUACAUUAAGAGAUAAUGGUUUAUACUUACAAAAUGUAUUAGAUAGAGAAGAAUGUGCAAAUUAUCAUUUCUAUAUCCAAGUUCAAGAUGUACAUAAUGAAUUAUCUAAUCAAUUACAAUAUAAUUUAACAAGUCAAACAGAAAUAUUCAUCCAUGUCAAUGAUAUCAAUGAUAAUAUACCAACAUUUAUAUUUCCGAAUGGUUCAACAUCAGCUGGUAAUCGAUUAAUUACAUCAUGUCAUGAAACAAUAGGUAGUUCAAUUGGUCAAAUACAAGGUUAUGAUCCAGAUCUAGGUAUAAAUGGUACUAUUAUUUAUCAUUUAAUGAUGACAACAUCUUAUUUAAAACAAUCAUUAUUCCAUUUAGAUAAUAAUACCGGUGAAUUAUUUAUUAAUAGUAAUCAAUUAAAUGAAUAUUGUGGUCAAAGUAUUACAUUAUUAAUAUCAAUUGAUGAUCAAGGUUCACAAUUAAGUAAAAUUGGAAGACAUUCAACAAUGGAACAUUUAAUUAUUCAAUUAGAUGAUAUACCAAUAAAGAAUCAACAAUUAAGUCAAAAAUGGAGAAUUAAUCAUAAUAGUCUAUUGGAAUCAAAUGUAUUCAUUAGUACUAAUAUGAAUAGUAAUACAAGUACAUUGACAGCUAAAACUAUUCUUAGUAUUACACUUGGUAGUUCAACGAUAUUUCUAAUUGGAUUAUUAAUGAUAUCAACGAUAUUAUUGAUUUAUAGUAAAUCAAAACGUCGGAAAUCAUUUUUAACAUUGAAAAAACUACAUUUGAAAGAUAAUACUACUUAUAAUCAACAUAGUAAUAAUGGUAGUAGUAGUAGUAAUCAUAACAAUAAUAAUACAAUAAAUGAUGAUUUAAUCUGUAUGGAUUGUAAACAAGGGGGAUUAAAUAAAAUAUUAUUCCCUACUAAUGAUUAUAGUAAUAAUAAUAAUUAUCAACAAUCAAAUGAAUAUAUAACAAAAACAAAUGAACAUUAUCCAAUUUCUAUGUUGAAACCGAAGUCGAUCAGUGAAGAUGAAUUUGCUGUUGCUGCUGCUGGUGGUGAUGAUGUUAAUGAUGAUGAUAAUGUUCACCAUCAUCAUCAUCAUACUGAAGAAGCUAAUGUUCGAAUUCAUUCACAUUUAUAUAAUCCACAUACAACUUAUACUUCUAUUGGAUUACAUCAUUGUCCUCAUGAUUCAAAUAGUGUAAAGAUUCCACGAUUCAAAGAUAACAAUAGUAGUAAUAAUAAUGAUAAUAAACAUUAUACAUUUUAUCCAAAUGCUCAUCUAUCUAAUUUUAUUUUAGCUACUCAUUGUUUAGGUCAAUCAUCUUCAUUAUUAUCUACUCCAUCAUUGUCACCAUUACAACAAAAGAAAAUACAAUUACAUACUUCACUAUCAUCACCAAAUGGUAUAGAAUGUCGACAAAGUUGUAUUGGAGAUCAAUCAAAGUAUAUAUCUAAUGUUAUUGUUGAUCAUAGAAAUAAUUGUAUGAUAACACCUGGAUGUUUUAUAUCGAAUUGUGCAGAAACAGAACUACCUACAUUAAAAACUAUAACACAACAACAACAACAAAAUGAUCGAACACCACCAAUCCCAGUAAAGUUAAAUAUUCAAUCUCAUUGUGACAAUUUACAAAAUCAACUUGAUCAUGAUCAAGGAAGAUUGAAUGGAAGUCAGCAAAUAUUUGAAAACAAUGAUAAAUGCAAUAUGACACAAGAUUAUCAACGGAUAAAUAAAUGUGGCUAUGAAAAACCUCCUCUAGGCAGACCAUCAUCCAGAUCUCUACUGAAUAUUAAUAAUAAUAAUAAUAGUAAUAGUAAUAAUAAUAAUACUUCUGAAACCACACACAGGACACAAAAUUCCUGUAAAUUAUAUAUAUCUGCAUUGUAAGUUUACUUUCAAUGUAUGAAGGACAUAUCGAUGUCCUUUUCUACGAUCUCGACUACAACUUCGAUAAUGAAGUACCCUGAACAGGCCAAUAAGCAUUAUCAUAUCAGGUCACUGAAUUAGGAUAUUAGUAUACUUCAUUCAUCCAUGACCAAUCAAAGUCAUAUCACAAAUUAAUAUUAAACAUUUCACUGGUAAACUAAAACAGUUUCUCUUUCUUCUAUAUAUAGAUCUUCAUGAAAAAUCGAUUCCUACCAGACGAAUACCAAAAAAUGUUAGUUUUAUACCAUCUAUGCCAUGUUUUGACAAUUAUCCCCUUAAAAAACCACUAGAUAAUGAUCAUAGUAAUGAUAAUAAUAAUAGUAAUGGAUACUUUAUGAAUAGUUCUAUACUUAAGUCUACAUCUGGAAACUAUGAAAUCUGCGAUCGUCAACAUCUUUAUCAAUUUAAAUCACAUCCAAAUAUUUUAGCUUAUACUACUGAUGAUCUACAUUUAAUUGAUACAAAAAAUAUAUCACCAACUAGUCAACUUAUAAAUUCACAAUUAUCUCUUUAUAAUAAUAAAAGAAAUUUUGUUUAUAAACAAAAUCAACUACCACCUCCUCCUCCUCCUCCUUUACCACCAUUUCCACAUCGAUUUUUAACACCACCAUGUACAAGAAGGUUUCCAAUACAAUCAAAUGGUCAUAUCAAAUUAUUACCAGGAAAUAAUAGAAAUAAUGGUUACAUAAAAGAGAAACAAUGUAAUUGUACAUUGCCAAAUAUUAAUAAGCUACCCAAUUUACCAAAAUUUACAAACCAAAGAUUACUUUAUGAAACAGAAAAUCAUAUUACGAAUAGUAAUAAUGUUAAUUCUACUGUUAUGAAUAUAACUGACCAUGAAAAUCAAGAAAGAGAUAUUCAUAUUCAUGAUAACAUUAAAAAAGCAUCGAACUUUUCAUGUUGUGAUUAUAUGAGUAAUUAUGAAUCAGAAAUAUGUUCACAAUGCCAAUUAAUUAAUUUAAGAAAUAGUCCAACACCUCCUAUUCAUGAAGCUAUAUCAUAUUCAACAACUAUGAAUAUGAGAAAUUCUUUAAAUGAUUGUCCUAACAUAACUAUAUGUAACACUGAUCCAAUUCAUACUACUACUACUACUAAUACUACUCAUUCAAUUAUAAGUAGUGAUUCAUUAUAUUGUACAAAUAAUAAUUGUCCAUUAUUUCAUUUCAGUAAUGAAAAAGAUGAUGAUCAACAUAAUGAAUAUAUGCAUCAUUUAGAUUAUUCAACAAAUUCUUUAACAACUAUCCAAGAUAUGUUUAAUUCAUGUGUAUGAUAUGAAAUAUUCAUUUUAAGAAAUUAUACUGGUCUACUCUAUUUAGGUUAUCAGUCAUUAUUGUAUUUGUUCAUGGGAAAUAAUAAACUGUCAUUGUAAUUUGGCACAGCUACAAAAAAAAUAGUGCAUUUAUAUAUUCCUAAAGGGAAGUUACUGAAUAGGUGCCUUGAGAAAUUAAUACAUGUAUUCAUAUAUUUAUAUUUACAAACACACAUUAUAAUAAAUAAUUGUGAAAAUUGC